AUGCCUUCUGAACCCAGCCUCAGCAGUAGGGAGAUGCUGACAGGACAGAGGCUCUGUCAGUCAAAGUCCCACCAGGACUCAGUCCUUGCUGCCCUAAAUCAGCAGAGGAAGGACGGCUUGCUGUGUGACGUCACCCUGAUGGCCGGAGAGCAGAAGUUCCACGCCCACAAAGCCGUCCUGGCAGCAUGCAGCGAUUACUUCAGGGCUAUGUUCAGCUUGUGCAUGGUGGAGAGUGAGGCGGACGAGGUGACUCUGCAAGGAGUGACCGGCGUCGGACUGAAGCACGCUUUGGACUUUGCCUACACUGGGCAGAUCCUGCUGGAGCCAGCGGUCAUCCAGGACGUCCUGUCUGCAGGCAGCCACCUUCAGCUGCUGGAGCUCCUCAGUCUCUGCUCCCACUACCUCAUCCAGGAGCUGAGUAGCGUGAACUACCUGGAGCUGUACCGGGUGGCCGACCUGUUCCACCUCCCCGCCCUGGAGGAGGCCGUGGUGGGCUUCCUGGUGGAGCAUCUGUCUGAGCUGAGCCAGAGCAGGCAGGACGAGGCCCUGCAGCUGCCCUACCGCCUCCUCAGGGAGGUGCUGAAGAGCGACCGCCUCACCUCGCUGAGCGAGGAGGAGAUAUGGAAGCUGGUCGUUCUGUGGCUGGAACACGACUGCCGCCACCAGUACGCUGACGAUCUGCUCCAACACGUCCGCUAUGGCCUGAUGGAUGUCCCCACGCUGCACCACCUGGCCCGUAGCCACUCUCUGGUCCAGUCCAGCCCGACUGCCGCCGCCCUCGUGGAGGAGGCCCUGGACUACCACCACGCCACCUUCGCCCAGCCCCUCCGCCAGUCGGCCCGCACCAGGCCUCGAUUCCAGUCCCUCACCCUUUACAUAGCUGGCGGGCGGAAGCGGGAGGUGAGCAGGGUCAGGGAGCUGCGGUACUUCAACCCGGCCACGCAGGAGCAUGUGCGGGUCGCGGGCGGGUCCAACUGGAGCGAGCUGGCGCCCAUGCCAACCGGGCGCAGCCACCACUGUGUGGCCGUGAUGGGGAACUUCCUGUUUGUUGUGGGCGGGGAGGUGGAGCACGCCACGGGGAGGACGUGUGCCGUGAGGACUGCAUGUCGGUACGACUCCAGGGGAGACUGCUGGACUGAGAUCGCCCCCAUGAAGGCCUGCAGAGAACACUUUGUCCUGGGUGUGCUGGGCCAGUACCUGUACGCAGUGGGGGGCAGGAACGAGCUGAGGCAGGUGCUGCCCUCUGUGGAGCGCUACUGCCCCAAGAGGAACAAAUGGAUGUUUGUCCAACCCUUCGACCGCUCGCUGUCCUGCCACGCCGGCUGUGUGGCCGACAGCCUGCUCUGGGUCUCAGGUGGCGUGACAAACACAGCUCAGUACCAGAACCGACUGAUGGUCUACGACCCGGAACAGGACCAGUGGCUGGCCCACAGUCCCAUGUUGCAGAGGCGGGUUUACCACGUCAUGGUGGCGGUGAGGAGGCAGCUCUACGUGCUGGGCGGCAAUGACCUGGACUACAACAACGACCGAAUCCUGGUCCGCCACAUCGACUCCUACAACAUGGACCUGGACCAGUGGACGAGAUGCUCCUUCAGCCUCCUCACGGGUCAAAAUGAGUCCGGAGUGGCCGUCCACGAUGACAGGAUCUAUGUGGUCGGAGGAUACUCCAUUUGGACCAACGAGCCUCUGGCAUGCAUACAGGUGCUGGAUCUGAGCACAGAGGGGAAGGAGGAGGUCUUCUAUGGGCCAACACUGCCAUUCGCCUCCAACGGGAUAGCCACUUGUUUCCUCCCGGCUCCCUACUUCACCUGCCCGAACCUACAGACUCUACAAGUGCCCCAUCACAGGAUAGGUGCCGUUUAA